GAGUCCUCGCCACACUGACGGCUUUUCAGGUGUUCUGUGGCUUUUAUUCCUCCGUGCUACCCUCCUCUAGUUAGUACGCUGUAUCCGUGCCUCGCAAUUAUCUGCUCGCUGUAGUGGGCCGGCUGAUGUUACGAGUGGCGGUUAGGGCGCAUUUGCCAGUGGCCGCCUUCGUUUCAGCUGCCUGAGGAGGCUAUGCUGCAGCGAGACACGAGGUUGUAGCGUAAGUUGUGUCCGCAGCUUACAUUAGCUGCGGCUUUCUGGUGCACCCUGCGUAUCGGGACUUCACGUACUGCAGUGCGCUGAAGCGGUGCAACCAUCGUCUGUGGGAGGUUGGCCUGCGAUGAGUUGGACGCCCAACGGUUCUCCCUCAAAAGCUUCUCCGGGUCAUUCUCUUCCACGUGGAGUCCUUGGAAGAAAUGGGACACCCCUACUACCUGGGACACGAAAUCCAAAGCAGGAAGGCUGUUUUGUUACCUCCAGGUUACCUUCCUUAAGAGGACCCAGGGACCUAACCUUAUCCGGAAGCUCUGGACAGAAGAGAAGUUUUGCUCCCAAGGUUGAUGUACCUAGGAAGGCCCAUUCAUCUAGAGAGGAUGAAGGCUCUGAAAGAGGCAGAGGAGGUCGUGGUUGCUUCAAUCAUGGAGGCCGAGGUUCACGGCGUGGCAGAGGUGGGCUCCACCCGGAUCGGGCAGCCCGCUUUAUACAGACGCAGGGAGCCACAUUUUCUCAGGGUGUGGAGAGUACAAAGACGAGGGCUCCUGAAAGAUGGAACAAAAGUGAGUCCGUACCCGUACCACUUGAGAGACCGAAGUACCAGGGCCCCAGCAGCAGCAGCCAGGUAGCGGAAGAGAAGAUUCAGGAUGAAAAGAAGCUUGAGUUGCUUCUGAGGAGUGAUUUUAUUGAUGAUGGGCUGGAGGAAAUGCGUACCAAUUGUCCAAUCACCCUUCCACUAGUAACAUCACAAGUCCCAGCCUCCAAGUGGAAGCCAGUCGUCAAGGUCGAAGGGAAGCCAGUCAUCAAGCAAGAGCCUUUGCAUGGAUUUGCCCCGAGUAAUGCUGUACCAAGUGUGGCUCUAAACAGAAGAACCCUAGCUGACCUGUUCACAGACCCAAACCUACCUGAAAUUGGACAGCUACUGUUCUUUCAACUUCCCGACACCUUACCUGGCCUUGAGCUUCCAGCAGGGACAUCUCAAAAAGAAGCUGUGAACAGCAUUGUGAAAGUUGAGGAAGAGCAGUCACAUAAGCGCCUCGUCAAGCUGAGUGAUUUUCCUGAAGGAUACGUUGGCAAGAUACAGGUGAUGAAAUCCGGGCGUGUACGCUUGGUUCUGGGUACUGUGUCAUUAUCAGUAGACACAGGCACCCAUUUAUCUUUUCAUCAAGAGCUUACAUCCGUGAGACUUGGACAUGGAGAGGCUCAUUUCUCUGUUCUUGGACCCGUAAUCCAUAAGCUCAUAUGUGUGCCUGACAUGGAGCAACUUCUUGCAGCAAUCUCUCAAGAAAUUUCUUGAGAAUUUCUUGAGAGUGUCUUUUGAAAAUAAAGUUUAAAACAAAUA